AUGAAGAAUCAAUCAUUUCUUGUACUCGAUCUUGAUGUUUCAACUAGAUGGAAUAGUAUAUUUUUAAUGAUUGAAAAGUUAAAAAAAAUUCGUGAAAUUACAGAUAUUCUUGUUACAUCGAAUUCAUCUUUGAAACUUAAUUAUCCAACUGAAUUAGAAUGGAUUGAAAUUGACAUGAUUCAUACUCUUCUCGAAUCAAUUUAUCAAGCCACUUUAAUGCUUUCAUCGUCAAGUUAUCCAACUUUAGGUGAUCUUUAUUUAGCAUUUACUACGAUUAUUAAUUUUUUGGAAGAUAUAAUUAAUACUACCAUAGAAGAAACUACGCAAAAGAUUGUUGCAACUGCAAUGGUAAUUAAACUUGAUGAAUAUUGGAAACAACUUGAUCAAAAAUCAUUUGUUAUUGCUUCGCUUGAUCCUAAUAUUAAGCUUACACUAUACGAUCCAAUUAAGCAACUUAUAGUUCAACAAAAAAUUCAAGAUCUUUAUUUUCAAUAUUCUACUUCUAAUAAUAACUUAUUAUUACAAGAAAAUAUUUUAUUAUCAGGACGUAAUUAUUUAAAAAAAAUGCGUAAACGUCCAUAUAAUACUUUUAACUUAGCUGAUAAUAAUUUACAAGAUUAUUUCAUGUCUUCUGAAGUUGAUUGUGAUAUGUUAUUAUGGUAG